UUUACGACUUCUGCGCCAGCCUUCGUCGAGUGUGGACGUCUCUCUCUCGCUUGAGUAUCAGUGACAAAUUUCCCCCGUUCUCACUGGGACGCUUGUCCUCAUCUAUUUUGCCCACCUGGCACUUGACAGGAGGGGCACCUGUUCAUCGGCUUACUUUAGCCAGCUCCAUUUUUUCCGCUCUGCGGGAAAUUCUUUAACGGUCUUUGGUGGGAAGCCGGUUACUCAACUCAGGUGGGAGUGUAGGCGUCCCUCCCUGCUGGGGCUUGGCAAGGGCGUCCACCGUAUCUAAUUGGAAACUUCAAGUUUCUAUCUCUAUUUACAAAGGAACUUUUGUUCCUUUUCUCUCAUCGUCCAGCCUUGGGCAAAAACAAUUUUUUCUCGUACCAUCGAGAAACCGGGCUCGAUACAGCGUCUGCUGUCAGUGGCCCUGAUAAACCCAACAAAGAAAGAAAAGAAAGUGCAGGAACUUUGUUCCUUUUCUUACAUCGCCAACCUUGAGCAACAAAUCUUUGUCGUGCCAUCGAGAAGUCGGGCUGGAUAUGGCUUAUGUUGUCAGUGGCCCUGAUAAACCCAACACAGAAAGAAAAGUUUUCUUACAGCAAAAGCUGUCAGUGGCCCUGAUAAACCCAACGAAGAAAAAUAGAAAGAAAAUAUUAGGUAAUUAACAUGACCCGACACUCCAAAAACUGCACAGCCAGCUCAGUUUACUCCUAUAAUGAGAAAAAAAAGGAUGCAAAAGCCUCAGGAUAUGGAUCACUCAAAUUACGCUAUGGUAAAGAUGGUGUGAAGGAUUUUGACUGUUGCAGCCUUUCCCUUCACCCAUGUCGCAACCCAGUUGUAACACCAGAUGGUCAUUUGUUUGAUAAAGAGGCCAUCCUGGAGUAUAUCAUUUCAAAGAAAAAUGAAAUUAGGCGUAAGAUUAAGGAAUAUGAAAAGCAAUGCAAGAAAGAACAGUAUUCUUCUAAUUCGCAGAGUGAAUUAGAAGAAAUUGGCGAAGCAGAAAAUCGUUCACGUGUUGAGAAAUUUCUGCAAACUGAAAUGGCUGUUUCAUCAGCUUCACAAGGUCCAGGCACCAGUUCAGGAAGUGGUGGAUCUUCAGUAUCCAAUAUGGUUGCUGGGCGAGACAAGAAGCUGCCUAGUUUUUGGAUUCCUUCACUCACCCCAGGAAAUAAGGAGUCUAAGCUCCAAAAGCCAGAGAAGACUAUUUAUUGUCCAAUAAGUGGGAAACCUCUGAGAGCUAAGGAUCUUAUUGAUGUCAAAUUUACCUUAGCUGUGGAUCCUGAUGAAAAGGGCUCAUUAGAUGGCAAGAGGGAGAGGUACAAAUGCCCAGUUACAGGGGACAUCUUAAGAAAUAAUGUGCCCUGUGUAGUGCUCAGACCAACAGGUGAUGUAGUAACAAAGGAGUGCGCAGAAACAUUGAUAAAGAAGGACAUGAUACAUCCACUUACUGGAGUCAAACUAAAUGAUAAAGACAUCAUCCCACUACAGAGGGGAGGUACUGGUUUUGCCAGUGCAAAUGAUCAGCUUAUGAGCAAAAAGGCUCGUCCUGUGCUCCAAGUCUGAUGUGAAUUGUUGCUGCAAGACUUCAUUCAUAGUUAAGAGAAAGCUGGGUAGAGAACUUCUGAAGCCAUUUCUAAUUUAAUUUAUCUGUUACCUUUUCUUGCUCCUCAAGGGAGGUACAUAAAUUCCAGUGAGGGGCCCCAUGAUCUGAGGAAUUUGACCUACCUUCCCUUUUCCUGGAUCAAACCUGAUUGCCUCCCAUUCCUCUAGGUGCUGUAUGACCCUUUGGGUUUAGCCCUUACCCCAUUUCAGUGCAUGUGACAAUAAUAAGUCCUGUAAGUUUAAAAGAGAACAGCAUUAAUUUAUUCACUAUG